UGUAAAUACCAGCGUUGCGUUCGUUGCAGGACAUGUCGCACCUCGGGCACACCCGAUCUCGUUCGGGGGUGGAAAAUUCCCCAGCAUCUUGCUGGGGGUACAUGUCCGUAGGAGGGGGUAUAAAUUAGUUGCAAUUCGUCGUCCCGUUAUCUUCUUCUCUCUUUUCUUUCCCCUUUCAUAUAUUCUGUACAUAUAUAACAAAAUGGCUGCUACUCAAAAGAUCAAGGUUAAGACCCCAAUCGUCGAAAUGGACGGUGAUGAGAUGACCAGAAUCAUCUGGGCGCUCAUCAAGUCGGAGUUGAUCUUGCCACACUUGGACGUCGACUUGAAGUACUACGACUUGGGGAUCCAGUACCGUGACGAGACCAACGACCAGGUUACCUUGGACUCCGCCGAGGCCACCUUGAAGUACGGGGUUGCCGUCAAGUGUGCCACCAUCACCCCAGACGAGCAGAGAGUAGAGGAGUUCAACUUGAAGAAGAUGUGGCUUUCUCCAAACGGUACCAUCAGAAAUAUCUUGGGUGGUACUGUCUUCCGCGAGCCAAUCAUCAUCCCAAGAAUUCCAAGAAUCGUGCCACAAUGGGAGAGGGAGAUUAUCAUCGGCCGUCACUCCUUCGGUGAUCAGUACAAGGCCACCGACGUUGUCAUCCCAGGUGCCGGUUCCUUGAAGCUUGUCUACGAGCCAAAGGACGGUUCCCCGGCCCAGGAAUUCAAGGUCUUUGACUACCCAACCAACGGUGGUGUCGCCCUCGCCAUGUACAACACCACUGAUUCCAUUAGGGACUUUGCCCACGCCUCCUUCAAGGUUGCUAUCCAGCGCAAGUUGCCAUUGUACAUGUCCACCAAGAACACCAUUUUGAAGAAAUACGACGGCCGGUUCAAGGACAUCUUCCAGGAAAUCUUCGAGGCCCAGUACAAGCCAGCGUUUGAUGCUGCCGGGAUUUGGUACGAGCACCGUUUGAUCGACGACAUGGUUGCCCAGAUGUUAAAGUCCAAGGGUGGGUUCAUCAUCGCCAUGAAGAACUACGACGGUGACGUGCAGUCCGACAUUGUUGCCCAGGGGUUCGGGUCCUUGGGGUUGAUGACCUCUGUCUUGAUGACCCCAAAUGGGAAGGCUUUCGAGUCCGAAGCCGCUCACGGCACCGUCACCAGACACUACAGACAGCACCAACAGGGUAAGGAGACCUCCACCAACUCCAUUGCCUCUAUCUUUGCCUGGUCCAGAGGGAUUAUCCAGAGAGGGAAGUUGGACGACACCCCAGACGUUGUCGCCUUCGGCCACGCCUUGGAAAAGGCCACCACCGACACCGUCCAGGAAGACGGGAUCAUGACUAAGGAUUUGGCUUUGGCUGCUGGUAAGACUGAAAGAUCCGCUUACGUCACCACCGAAGAGUUUAUCUCCGCCGUUGCCAAGCGCUUGAACAACACCUUGGCCAAGUAAGCGUGCUAUUUUCUUCACUUCUCGUUGCUCGGACAACAAAUCACACAUUUAUAUGGACAAACUGUAGGCUAGACUGAAUGUAGCGUUCGAGGCAUAUCGGCAGUAAUCCGAGGAAUUCAUGUAACAGUGAACAAUUAAUGUGAGGCUGAUGGAUGACGAGAGUUCAGUGUAAAAGAAACAUGUCUGGACUCAUGUUUUGCCACCUGAUGCACGGAAUUGGACGUUUGGAUUAUGCCACGGAUAAACAUGGCAUUGAGCA